AUGGGCAUCAAUUUCUUAUCAGAAAAAGCAAAUUGGAUUCUAGAAAUUGUUUCACAUAAGAAUAAGAUAAAUGAAGGCAAGGUAAUAGAAAAAUAUGAAAAGUUUGGACAUCAUGGUGAUAAAAAAAUUUUAAAGACAUUUGAACUGCUUGAUAGAUAUGCGAGAUGUGUUGCUAAAUGGAAUAAGAAGAAUAUCAUAACAAUCACAGGUCCAAUAUCAGUACUUGUUUCAGAAAAAAUUGAACAGAAGGGAAGUGUAAAAAGUUAUCCGGUAGGGAUUUAA